AUGCAUCCCAAGCCUCUGCGGUGCAUCAAAACUGUGGUCGUCUUGGAACGCAUCUUGGAGAUCUUGGAACUGAGACUAGCCUCGCGCGAUAUUCUGCUGACCACGGCAAGGCACCACACCAGCCUCUUCCCCAUGGCCGCCGUUGCUGUGCGACGUCCGCAGGACUUUCCCGAGGCAGGCCGUUUAGCCGGCUUGAAAUCAUGUGCAAGCUCCAGCCAAGGGCGCAUGCGCAGGCCCAGACAGGUUGCACCUGCAGGCUGGACAAUGUGUGAAUGCGAGGCAGACAAGGAAUGGGUUCUGUGCGACCGCGUUGAAGCGAUGGCAGCGGAAAUGGCUGAGAACCUACAAAAGCACCUCAGAACCCACAAGGAAAUGCUGGUGGAGGACACGGAUGCAAGCUGCAACCAGGGUCCCGCCAACAAUGCUGCGCCUGAUGUUCCCAUGAUUCAGAUGAAGAAGGCAACGGGGAGUGACGUGGAGAUGCAAUUCGAAGCGGAGGAUGCCCAAGAUGCCCAUGACCCAAAUGAAACUCCAGAGAACGCCUUCGAAGAAGAGGCCGAGACGCUUCCAACGAAGCGGUCAGAUGCAAAAGGGGCGAAGGAAGAUCCUCGCGACAAGAAAACCCGUGCCGAGAGGAAGGCUGCCUGGAGAGCGGCCCAGAAGGCUUUGGAGGGGCAGCAGGGGCAGGGCGAUGAUGGGCCAGAGAAGGGCAAGGCCAGAUCCUCCUUGUCGGGUGCUCUUGAGAAUCUGGCAAGCUGCCAGGAGGCCUCUGCUGUGCUGAGUUCUGCUGAGUUCACACGCUCGGCUGGCCUAGGCAGCGUCCGCUUCGCGGACCGUGUGAAAAAGCUUGGGACACGAGUUGAGAUGCCUAGGCUAAGGAUCAGUGACAGCAUCUCGCAACCGCUGAAGCAGCAUGCUAUGAGUCUUCGCAAAUCUUCGUGGACCAGAUCCGGUCUGCUUCGCCUGGGGGUGGAGCACAUGGCCGAGCUUUACUGGAUGGAGUCGGGCAGCUCCAAUUUAGGCAUCCCUGGACAGCUGAGGAUGCCAGCUGCUUUGACCCACGUACACACGCCACAGAAGAUUUCUUAUGCCCAGGCUUUUCGAUUCGAGCAAGAGGAGCCUUGCCUCGUGACUCCACCGAAAGGCACUGUUUCUCAGGGUUUUCGCCAGCCAGAUCAAUGGCGACAGCAUCAGGCUCCAUUGAAGGAGGAGACGAGGCAGUGCGCAGCUCCAAUGGGAAGGCAGAGCAAAGCGGCCACAUGCGAUCAAGUGGAGGAGACUCUGCGGGACGUGCGAGUUCUGUCAUCGGGUGGUGACACCACUGGUUGGGCCUGGCAGGAGCUGCCAGAGCAAGUGCGGAAUGCUUUGCGUUUCCUGCGAACGCUGCCAGCCCUGCCGCACAGCGUUGGAACCAGGCCUUUUCUCCCUGCCACUUGGCCUCUGGAAGCCAAGCCGACCUUGGUUUUGGAUCUGGAUGAAACUCUGGUGCAUUGCUGUCGAGGGUCGUCUCCUGUUGACAUCAUCCGACCACCUGACUUGCAGGUGGAGUUCGAUGACGUUGUUGGCUCUGGGCGCGUUUACUAUCGUCCCUUCGCACAAAUCUUUCUGGAGGUGAUCUCCAGAACGUUCGAAGUUGUGAUCUUCACAGCUUCACAGCAAUCUUAUGCUGACCAGGUGAUAGAUGCCUUGGACCCAAAACGUGCCUUUGUUGCUCAUCGGCUAUAUCGCCAACAUUGUACGGAGUUUCACGGUGCCUACUUUAAGGAGCUUGGUCUUCUUGGUAGAUCCUUGUCCAAGUGCGUGCUGAUCGACAACUCGCCCGUUUCCGUCGCCUGCAAUGCCGAGAACAGUGUCCUCAUUCGUAGUUGGUACGGCGGCUUGGCAGACCAGGAACUGCUUGCCCUUCGAGAAGUGCUGGAGGACAUGCGACACUCAUCCACUCGAGGCAUUGGAUUUGACAGGUAUUUGUCACGACCCCAGAACCUUCACGACUUCCUGCAGGUGCCCUUGGCAGUUCUCCUUCACGACUGCUUAGACUGGCCUGGUCAAGCUCAAGCCGGAGCUGGCCAAGGAGCAAAAGGGAACGUGCAAGGAUGUGCACGGGUAGGAUGGGUCAGACUGCCUGUGCCGAAUCCAUCUGCCAGCCGACGGUUCCACUUCCAAGGCUGCUGGGAGCAAAAGAGAUCGUCUAAGGGUGAGAAGUCGUCGCCACUGAAGGAGGACGAGGAAGCACUUGGAGGUGUUGAUCUGGAAGGAGACGCCGAAGCAGCGUCAAGUAUCAGGGUGGAGUUUCCAAGCGCUGAGGAGCUUUUGAUCUUAGAUGCAGGCCGCCAUAACAGCAGCAAGGAGAGCAAGGCCCAAAGAAAGCUGGAGAGGGCCGAAGCCCGAAAGCAAGUGCUUCCCUUUCUGCUGCAGAACGGCUUCCACACCGUAAAGUCAAAGAGGACCUUCUUCUGGAGGUCAUGGUAUCCGCUGCACACUGCUGUGAAACACAACGACCUGGAAACGGUGAGGCUUUUGAUCACAGCAGGAGCAGACCCGCAGAAGCUGAACUCCAGGGGUGAGACGCCUGAGCAGCUGGCUGAGCGCUUGAACCGAUCGGGUUCUCAUGCUGACAUCGUUGACGCCCUGCAUCACGCGAAGGGGAAGCGCAAGAAGUCAUCCAAACAACCGCCCGAUGCAGAGUCCUCGAUGAAGGGCAAGGCCAGCAUGGCCAGCACAGCAUCGUCACUGGAGAUUACACCCCGAGAUCAGGCAGCAGAAGGAAUGAGGGCUCGCGCCUUAGACGGCGAGCCGAGGUCUGACGCCGAAAAGGGAUUAGCUGGCUCCGCUUUGAGAGAGCCUGCACGGGCGGGUACCUGCUGCAAGCGCCGUCUUACGCACUUCUUUGCUUUCUUGAUGGUGUCUUCAGCUUGCUCUGUGAUUCUCUUGUACUGCUCAUCUCUUUCAACUUUGCCUCAGUCAUCCUUCCCUGUUUCCUUGGGCUCUCUGAACCUGCGGCCAUUCCACUGGACCUUGCCUACGGUUUCUUCGGAUGGCUACCAGUCACCCUCUGGUGCGUUCUCUUGCGAGCGUGCUACAAGUGGCUUUGCAGCAUCACUUGUGGCCAUUCGUCCAGAGGGACCAGUUUUGGAAGCAGGUUGGCCAGUGCCCUUGAACAAUUGGUGGGGAUGCUUCCUGGUCCGCAAAGAGAUACGGCUAGCAGCGAGGAGACACCACUCCACGCAAGAACCACUUGGUUCUUGGUCAACGCUGGCGACAGCGACGUUGCCCAGAAGCUACUGUUCUCCAGAGAUCGCCGCCACUGGGUCGACCAGCCCAGACCUGAAGGCCCCCUCUCAGUGUCCUCAGCAGCUCUUAAGUUCCCUCUCGCACGCUGGUUCAAAGCAGCUUUCGUUGCGAAGCUGCAAUGCGACAUCGCCGAUGAUCUCUUACGAGAGGAAUCUUCUGGUGGCAGGCCAGUGCACACUCAACGGCACAACCGCAAUCGCGGUGUGGGGCCCAGAAGAGCUCAUUACUUUGAAACCAGCUCCGGAGGCAGUGCUUCCGGUUCAAGCUCAAGUGAUGAACAAGAACGAGAGACUUGACUUCGAGGCAGCUGUUGAAAGCAUUUCCAGGAGCCUGGCUGCUCGCGGUGACAUGGUUCUUACAUCUGUGAAGACUGAGCGACUUUCAGAUGGCGACACAGACUGGGAAAUGCUUGAUUGCUCAGACUCCGAGAAGGAGAUGGCCCAGGCUUUUGAGUCGGUGAGCGGGCCUUGUGCACAAGGCCUUAAUGCCGGAGAAGCUGAAGUCAACAAGCUGCUGCUCACAGCCAGAACUAUUUUCGAAGGACCCGGUUCUAUCGAAAGGUCAGAAAGCGACGACAUUGUGCCCAAGGAUGAUGACGCAGAAGAAGUAGAAGACGAGGAAGACUAUGGGGUGGUUUUCACGAAAGGGACUAAUGUUUUUGACAUUGACCCUCCCAGAAGAGAUGGAGCAGUGGCAGACUUCAGCGGCCUGGUCAUCCGAGGCAUGUCGGGCGGCCCCAUCGUGGUUGUGGAAGGCAGUACUGACAAUCCUGUCAUCACCGACCAAGUUGUAGGCCUUACGUUCGCCAGAACAGACGGCAACACCGGAUGGGCUAUGCUUCUUGACGCCAGCCACGUGGAAGCAGCACUGGACAG